AUGGUCUCCAUCGGGGAUGUCUGGAGCAGGCCAUUGGCCGAGCCUUCACAGAACCUCAAGCAUUACUACAAUAUUCUUGUGGCCGUCGCGUUCUUUUUUGUGGCCCAAUUACUCAUAUGCGUGUGGGACCAGUCGUUCUGGGCCACUGGUGUUGAAUUCCCGGGCCAGAUUGUUGCCAUGAUAUCUGUGUGGCUUACCGUCUGGGCUGGCCAGGUGCUUUUCUCUGAAGCCGGCGAGGGAGUAGACGGGUUCUAUCACAGAUUUCUCAGGGCCCCAACGGAGAUCCUCAACAAGCACAUGUCCAUCGGCUUCACCGUGCCAUUCUUGAAUCUGAUUAGCCAUUCACUCGCAAACGCCAACCAGGUUGGUCUGCUCAUAGCAGCAUUUGUUGCGACGGGCGUACUGAACUCCAUCUUUGUGUACGUCGUUGCAUACCACGUGCAACUGACGACCGCGAAGAUUACGUGCUGCCUGCGGCGCCGCCCUGUCCCGGACAUCGAGGCAGCACGAACGCAAACAAACUUUGCGUGCCCUGAACCACCACAACGGUUUGCCCAACGCGGGUCCAUGCGUCAUGGCGGUGGAUUUGCCAAUGCGAAUUUGGGAAACAGCACAGAGGAAGGUUCGCGCCGGGAUCGCUCUCAGAAGCACAUCAGUGACACAUCGACGCUGUGCACCGUGUCUGGUUAUCAUGUACACCUCGACAACCAUCACAAAAAGGCCCUCACAGCUGUGGCGACACUGCUUAAUCCGGUGCUGUGGACCUCGUUGUUCCUCGUCUGCUAUGGCCUGGCAAAGUCCAGCAUCCGCAACCAGCCCAGCGCAGUCGUGAUCGCCGGCUUCACCACGAGGAACACGGUGUCGGACCUUAUCGCGCAGCAUUUCGAUUCCCCAACACCCACGGCCGGCAACGGCCCCCGCCUGGGCUCCCUACCCAUCGGCGCCGGCGACGUGGCAACCUCCAUCCUCAACGCGGGGAUUGUGUCGUGGGGCCUCAAGCUGUUCGAGUACAGGCACCAGAUCGUCUCGUCCGGCGGCUUCACCGUCGUGGUCACCUCGCUGCUGGCAUCGCUGCUCAAUGUCGUGGUCUGGCCCCUCCUGGCCUACGCGAUCGGCGUUCGCCCGGCCUCGUGGGACCUCAGCUUCGCGGCGAGGAGUGUCACCAUCGCGCUGGGCGGGCCGGCUUUAAAGAGCCUUGGCGGCGACGCCGGCAUCAACGCUGUGGGCGUGGUCGUCAAUGGGGUCUGUUUCCAGCUGGUUGCUGGGUUCUUCUCUGGGGGCGAUGGCCUCGCUGCAGUGGCUGGCAGGUUCAAAAAGGCAUUGGUACAUGAUGGCUGGUCUGGACUUGUCUGGAAUAGCAGGGUGUAUGAGCAGCGCGAGAUGGAGUCGCUGGCGCCAUCUCCGGAUCGUGGAAGGGCCGCAAGUGAAGCUCAUGUAGGAGGAGGGUUACAACCCAGUCACGAACGCGAGGUGAGGUACAGCUCUGAUGCGACGCACGUCGACGAGCAGCGGCCGGACGACCAGAACGAUGUAAGCAGUUGGGGCACAACCGGCACCGCGGCGAACAACAACGACAACAUGAAGAUGCGCACCGAGCCGAGACAAGCUCAUGACGGACCACAAGCGCACGAGGAUGUCGCCCCCGGCCCAUUGUCCGUGGUGCCGACCGUGGCAGCAGGCGUGACGAUUGGGAUCAACGCCGCGGCAAUGGGGACUGCCCACCUGUACGAGCAGAACAGCCACGCGGCGCCGUACUCUGCGCUGUCGAUGACCAUGUUCGGGGUGUUCACGGUGCUGUUCGCCCUCCGAGGCCCUAUGACUGAGUGGCUGACCAGGACGGUCGGCGGGGGAGAGAUAGAAGCGGCGAUGAUGUUAUGA